UAUUUUACUAUUAUUCACUUGCGGUCACACCGCCGUUCUGAUCGGCGUUGAAGUUUUCCUCUAUUUUUCAUAUAGUUAAAAUUUAUGUAAAAUGACUUCGGUAAAUGCAGAUACUGUGCUUUACAGUAUUUUGGCUUUGGUCAUUAUCGAGAAUGCACUGGAAAUUUAUAUAUCGCUGCGUCAGGUGAAAGUAUAUAGAAAUGCGCGAAAAGUGCCUGAAGAGCUGACGUCGCAUAUGGGCGAGGCGACAUUUGAUAAGGCACGCAAAUAUGGUCUGGACAAUGAGAACUUUGGCAUAUUUAAGGCACUGUUGAUGGAUGUUUUGCUGUUAUGCCUAGAACUCUAUUUGGGAUUGAUCGCAAUCAUUUGGCAGGUCUCAGUGGAUGUGGUCAAUCGUCUGCAAUGGGACGCCAGCAAUGAGAUUCUUGUGAGCUGUGUGUUCGUGCUCAUCUCGAACUUGAUGUCCACGUGCAAGUCGUUGCCCUUUAAGAUCUACAAGAUCUUUGUGCUGGAGGAGCUGCAUGGUUUCAAUAAGCAAACAGCCGGCUUCUUUGCCUGGGAUCAGGUGAAGGGCUUCCUAGUCACCCAAGUGGUUAUGGUGCCCAUCACUGCGGCCAUUAUAUUCAUCGUUCAGCGUGGCGGCGACAACUUCUUUAUCUGGCUCUGGGUAUUCACUGGCGUCAUCUCACUGGUGCUACUCACCAUUUAUCCCAUAUUCAUUGCUCCAUUGUUCGACAAGUACACACCGCUGGAGGAUGGACCACUGCGCAAAUCUAUUGAGGAUUUGGCAGCCUCGUUAAAAUUCCCUCUGACCAAACUAUAUGUGGUUGAGGGCUCAAAGCGUUCCUCGCAUAGCAAUGCCUAUUUCUAUGGACUGUGGAACUCGAAGCGUAUUGUGCUCUUCGAUACACUGCUGCUCAACAAGGGCAAGGCUGAUGAUACUGAUUUGACGGACGAUGAGAAAGGCAAGGGAUGCACAAACGAGGAAGUGCUUGCCGUACUUGGCCACGAGCUGGGCCAUUGGAAGUUGGGUCACGUUACCAAGAACAUUGUCAUUAUGGAGGUGCAUUUACUGCUCAUGUUCCUGGUCUUUGGAUACCUGUUUAAAUAUGCGCCCUUCUACGAAGCCUUGGGCUUCCAGCCGGGUACGCGACCCAUUCUGGUGGGUCUACUGAUUGUCUUCACCUAUGUGAUGGCACCGUACAAUGCAAUCAUUAACUUUGCCAUGACCAUUCUGUCGCGUCGCUUCGAGUAUCAGGCCGACGAGUUUGCUCACUCGCUGGGCUUCGAGGAGCAGCUGGGACGCGCUCUAAUUAAAUUGAAUUUGGACAACUUAGGCUUUCCAGUCUAUGAUUGGUUAUAUUCCACAUGGAAUCACUCGCAUCCGACGUUGCUGCAACGCUUGGCCCGCCUCAAGGAGUUGGGCAAGGCCAAGAAGCAGCAGUAAUUUUAAUUAAUGGAUACCAAAGCAUUUCACUUUUUCUAAUGUGAUCCCGCUUCAUGUUCCCGCCCCCUUUUCCUGUAUUUGUAAUUUAUGUAGAUUUCAAUAAAGCAAGCGAUACAAAUUUUAAAA